AUGUCCAGUGUCCAACGGCCGCGGCCGUCUUCGAUAGUCCUUGCACACUCCAACAAAGACAUCACGUCGAACGAUAUUGUGUCCUGGAAUAACGACCAGAUCCUACUGUGGCUGAGGAACAAGGACUACUCGAUCGAUGUGAUUGAUCUGUUCAAACUUCACAACAUCACGGGCAUGACACUGCCGUUUCUGAACACCGAGGAGCUCCGCGACAUGGGCAUCCAGCAGCUCAGUCUGCGGCUGCAGCUGAUGUCCGACAUCAGCGACCUGCUUAUGAAGAAGAACAUGAACCUGCUCAAGUUCAACACGGAUCCCCUUGCUGCAGAGCUGCAAACGCUCGUGGUGUCCACGAACCUGGUGUCAACAAUCGCCAACUCCGUCACUGAGGGCCUACUUUCGUCCAACGGCGGCACGAGCCGCAAAUUGACAGAACAGUUCAAUAAACUCAAGGAAGAUCUUCUGCCCGUGCUCAAGGAGAUCAAGGACAAGAAACCGCUUCCGACUCCAGACAGAAUGUCGCCAACGCAGCUCUCGCACCACCAGAACCAGCUGCAGACUACGAUUGUCCCACAGUCGAUCCCAGCCCAGGCAGCCCUGAAAAAACAGCACUCUGCUCCCAACACGUCAGGCCUGCGCAGAUCCAUCACGUCGCCGCCGAUCAUCAGCCCGAUUUUGCCAGAACAGACCCAGUUCAACGGGUCCAACCCAAACCUGGCCUCGCAGUCCAACCUCUCUCUUACGCAAUCGCCGCGCUCACCGUCCAAGUCAAACUCUUCUCAAAGCGUGCCGAGAUACCACAAGCCCAACAGGCUCUCGAUGUCGCAGUCGAUGGGAACGCUGCCAACAAUGGGCAGCUCCAGCGCCGCUUCCGAGCCUCUGAAACAGCUCCGUGCCAAGACAGAAGACCCAUGUCACAAAAUUCUCCAGGCAGCCAUGAAAAGACACAACCUGCACGUCUCGGACUGGAAAAAGUACGCUCUGGUGAUUGUGUACGGCGGAGACCAGGAGCGAGUCCUUGGAUACGACGAAAAACCAGUGGUGGUGUACCGGGAGCUCCAGGAGCUGGGGCUGAACCCGUCCAUUAUGCUGCGACAGGUGGAAGAGUCAGAUGACCUCGACUCGAUGAACUACGAGACUCCGGGCGGAAGGCUGUAG